GGACUGGUUUUGGUGCUGUUCAUGUGCAUGAUUUGAUUCAGAGGUAUACAGUGGUUUCAGAUUAGAGGGCACUGGCGCCCAGGCGAUGCUAGGUGUUGUCUUCGGGGCCGCUGGUCCUGCCCAUUCUCCACCGACCUUCGAUGGCCUGUGCCACGCCGCCGUCCACCCCACCGGCUCGGGCGGUUGUGUAGAAAGAGGGGCCAUUGGGAUCGUUCGCUUGGACAGUGACCUGCAUUGCCAUGGCGCAGCAAAACGACCUAGACCUCUCUCCAGGCUUCCUUGAGGCCGCUCGUGGACAAUUGGCCCGGCUCAAGGUGAAGAAUACCUUUAUUGAUGUAUCGGAUUCGGAUUCCGAUUCCCUGCCAGCCUUCGGCAGCGUUUGUAGUUGCCCAGCGGGAAUGUCCGAUUUCCUUCAUGACGAGCCAGGAGAGCUCCCCGAGAUCUCAGGGCCCCGCUCAGCACCGCCGGAGCUUCCAAGGGCGACGGCGCAGCUCCGUCUCACGAGGUUCAGCCCUGUGGACUGCCCCUGCCUUUUGACAUCCACGUCCCCGAAGAGUUGGAGCUCACCCCACGGGAACCCGGAUGGCUCACCCGACGCUUUCCACUUGCAGGAUCCGGCUCUGGAGGAGCGUGUGCAAAGGGAAGACGUCCAAGUGAGCUCUUCCUCGCAGGGUGCUUCGAGCUGUUCACGGCCAAUGCCCAAGAAUGUCUGGCCUCCCAUCGAGCCGCUGGAAAUACGACAGCCGACCAUGUCACUGGGGAGUCGGGUGCAUGGCACCGGAAACUGCAAGCCUUGCGCUUGGUUUUGGCGCCCCCAGGGCUGUUCAAAUGGCGAGGAAUGCGGCCACUGUCAUCUCUGCUCAGCCGCAGAGUUGAAAGCUCGAAAAAAGGCCAAGAAGACGGCCUCGCAGAAGGUGAAACAGCAAGCCACCGCUGAGGCGGCCGCUGCGGCCUUGGCAUCGACUGCGGCCGGGAGUCUUGAAGAGGCAGCUGCACCAGGCCCCCUGAACCCCUGAGAUGCGCCGGCCGCCGGGUGCGGCUCGCAGGGCGUCAGAUCUGCCACAUCGUCCGGCGGUGGAAGGUGGUGCGUCCAAGGAUCGGUCAUGAACGAAUUGGCAUUGGAUUAAUAUAUAUCAGGACCCUCCGACCAUCUGGG